GCGGUUUCCGAGUUUAACUUGGCUCACUCGACGGGUAUAACUCAACCGGCAGUGUCAUGCUCAGCUUCCGUCCUUCGCCUGAUCUUUCAUGUCAUCAGGCUCAUUUGGGACAUCAGGCUUUGGACUCCAGGAUUGAUGACUUAACGGCAACGGCCAUCCCCAGCUGCUUAUUCAAGUCGCAGUCUAGGAAGUCGACAUGACCAAAUACGCAUUUGUCGUCUCCAAUGGCGUGCCGGUACCAGCCAACAAGGCCGUCCGGAGUCAUGCUAUAAAGACGGCCCUGCAGUUGCGUUCGAAAACGGUCGUUGGAGGAGAGUCGCCGGAUGGCGCAGCCAAUUCAGAACGGACAUCACAAUGCAAAAAUGAGCUAAUAGGUCGGUUCAAGCUGAGACCAGCUUCCAUGAAGAGUCACAGUGGCAGACGAAAGGAAAAGCCGCAGACGAAGAUGCGGCACGCAACUUUUCAUGGUACUGAAGAAGCGGCGGACGACAGUCGAAUCGUGCCUGUACCAGUAAACGUCAACCAGAACCAUUUUAGGAGCAACAACUCAUUAGGAGUUGAAUGGUUCGGCGGUAAUAUUCUCGACCCUUUUGGAACAAUCCCGAUACCAUCGAAUCCCAGAAUCGACACACUCCUCAAGUAUUUGAUCAUGUUCUUCGACUACCGGACUACAACAGUUCCCAGCAACAAGACAUGGCUUAGUCUUGCGAUGAACGACCCGAUACUCAUGCGCGUUACCCUCUGCACGACGGCAGCUUUCGGGGCUACACGAACAUCAUUGUUUAAUAUAGACCUGCGAAAGGAAGCAUGGAAACUGAAGGGUGAAGCCAUUCACGAGGUCAACUUUAUCCUUCAAAAUGGCCGAGUUACGGAGAAUGUACUUGCUGCCAUUGCGCAUCUAGGACAUACUGCAGGUGGACCUUGGAUUAGCUACCGCUCGCGGGCGAAGACCUCUUUACCCUCUCAACUACGGCUUGGACAGAGUCAAACUUCCCCAAAAUAUCAUAGAGGCCUGCGAGUAUCUCGUUUACAAAGCCUCGGGCCAGGACACCAAACAGUUAUGGCGGUCAUCCAACUGCUUCGGCAACGAGUCAUGGCCGCAAAAUGCAACGUGGAUCCAACGCUGCGGGACGUUCGCACUCUGUCGCUUUCCGCAGCCUUCCUUACCCUGGAUCGCAUUGAGGAUAUUCCGACUACCCUGGAAGAACAAUGUCUCCACGCCUUACUUUUAGCCGCACAUCUCUUUGUAUGUGCCGCCUUGAAACAAGACCAUCAUUGGACGGAAUCCCUCUCACGGACGAUGGCACAACGCCUACAGGGGUCGCUCUUGGCUGGGCCAAUGUAUUCGGCGACUUGGGCGUAUCAUCUGCCUGAGUUGCUUUGGGUACUGUUCGUUGGCGCCGCGAUAAAGGGAGAGGAUCCACAAGACCAGGGAACAUGGUUCGUCUCGCAACUAGAGGUUGUUCGGCAACUCGUUCGAUGUAGCACGAGGAUGGAGUUUGAGGGGUACCUGCACUUCAUGGUAUGGGAUGACUGUUUUGGUGUUGAAUUUUUGGAUGAUUGGUGGGCGGAUGCUGACCCUCCGAGCACGAUGCCCCUGCAGUCUGUCUGCCACAAGUAAUGAGGAUUAAUAGCUCGGUCCCGUUUCUAUAGAAACUGCUAAUAACAACCCCAAUGGAUGAAAUCAACCGCUUUAUACAUAAAAGACUAACUUCAGACUAUUCUUAGAUGGAGAAAUCAAGAG